AUGAUGCUCGAACAUGUACUUGUUUUGAGUGCUUAUUUAUUUUCCAUGGGUAUCUAUGGAUUGAUCACGAGCCGAAAUAUGGUUAGAGCACUUAUGUGUCUUGAACUUAUACUGAAUGCAAUUAAUAUAAAUUUCGUAACAUUCUCUGAUUUUUUUGAUAGUCGCCAAUUAAAAGGAGACAUUUUCUCAAUUUUUGUUAUAGCUAUUGCAGCCGCUGAAGCGGCCAUUGGGUUAGCUAUUGUUUCGUCAAUUUUUCGAAACAGAAAAUCAACUCGUAUCAAUCAAUCGAAUUUGUUGAAUUGA